UUCACAUAAUGUGGAUUUCAACAUGUAGGUAAACACCUUGUUCUGUAUCUCACCUGUCAAACGCGCAAUACUCCGCAUUGCUGUCGCUUGUGUGCUCGAGAGAGUGCGUGGUAAUGUAACACGAUGCACCAAAGUAGGAAGUACUCACCGAUGGCUCUGGAUUUCGUUAAUAAAUCAGCACUGACACAGAGGACGAAGACCGUGGACUAUAGUCGAGGGGAAUUGUUCAACCCGCCCAGGGUGCACCAUUCGAAAGUCAAUGGAGUCAGAGCCGUCCGGAGGCAUAUCUCUCCUCCAAGUCGCAGUCUGGAGGGCAUCGAGGCAGUCUGGAGCGAGAGAAGAGCAGGCUCGUUACCAAACCUUGUAGAGAGAAGACCGGAGCCGGAGAGCAAACCAGGCCCGGUGAAGGUGAUGAACCCCGCCGAGAACGGCUGCCCUGGCCGCGGCAGUAGGAAAAGGGGGUUCAAGCCCCCGGAUGUGAGGACCAUAUUCUGCCCCAGUGAGAGAAACCCCCGGGCGAGGGAGGAGAGGGGGGAGGGACACACUUUCUACCUAGGUCUUUCAGGCGCAUGGUGCGAUGUGUGCUGCGAGUACAUCCUCCGCUUCUCCCUGAUGUGUUCAGGGUGUAAGUAUACUUGUCACUCAGAGUGUCGAGAACGAGUGUCGUUGGACUGUCACCCCGGUGGUCCUGGUACCGUUGACACCCCCCUCAGCCAGGACCACCUCAACGACGAGACACAGCCCACUGAUGUGGCACAGGAAAGGGAGUUACGGACUCAUCUCAGCAGAGAGGAGAUCAGACAGAAGGUCGAGCUGUACAACAACUCCUCCAAGGACCACCUCAAAAUGACCCUGAACCCCAGUGGUGUGUAUACAGGGUUCAUCAAGGUCCAGUUGGAGCUGAGGAGACCCAUCACUGUACGAGGAGGUGGGGGAGGAGAGGAGGCCUUCUACCUCCCCCAGGGGGCGACUAACACUCUUCACAUCAGCUCCAACAACACCAUACGACAGGUGAUCCAGGCCCUGUUGACCAAGUUCACCGUAGCUGACAACCCUGCUAAAUAUGCCCUGUACAAACGCUGCCGCAGGGAGGAGCAAGUGUACAUGUGUAAGCUGUCGGAGGGAGAGCAUCCGUUGUUCCUGCGUCUGCUAGCAGGUCCCAACACCGACACACUAGGCUUCGUCCUGAGAGAACAGCAGACUGGCGAGGUCAUGUGGGAAGCGUUCUCCAUCCCAGAGUUGAGUAACUUCCUGAGGAUGCUGGAGAAGGAGGAGACAGAGCGGGUGUGUUCCGUGAUGCGUCGCUACGACAACUACAGACUCAAACUGCAGGAGGCCAUGAGCGCAGCAGGGGGGCCGGGGUAACUACUGCCCCUGGAGGAGAGGAGGAGAGAGGGCUGGGAACCAAAAGCCAGUCUGGGGGACACUGAGGGGGAAACUGGAGAGAGACAGACAGCUGGAAUUAACUCCAGAUUGUACCAGUGGACCCUGUGUGCAAUACACUGGAUGGACAAUAGAGGGCAGCAGAGGGCAGUGGUUCCACUGCAGUCAGCCUGGACUUCAUUCAGGAGCACUCAAGUGACUAGCUUCAUGUCUUUACUGAGUAGGCCUACACCCUGUGUGCCAUGUUCACUCUUCUGUUCCCUCUCUUCCCAUCCUUCUGGUUAGUGCAUUCUCUCUAGUUGUGUUUUUAUUAUUUUAGAAUGACCUUUUUGAACUUGAAUGAUUCAAACCCCAAAAUAAUUGAUUCAAUUUAUUUGUACUUUCUAUUUAAUUGGAUGCGUUGGUUUGUACAUAUUGUCGUUUUAAUUUAUGUGGGUGACGCUUUGUUCUGUUUCUUAGCUGAAAUGGUUUUAUUGUGUUCUAUGAAGGCGUGGCAGCAAUCCAACCCCUACAGGGACCUAGUGAACUCAUUUAUUUCUCUCACAGGGGCGCACAGAAAACACAUUGGCAACAAAGGCUAGACUGGUUUAUGGAAUUGACUCUGUAUUAAAGGUAAGUGAGAGAUGGAGAAGAUGAGUGAUUGUGUUUAAACUGAGGGUUGUGAUGGUCUUGAAAGGAGAAGAACAUUUGGUGUAGAGUCUGAGAGUCACAAGCUGUUUGGGGUUUAGAGGUCAGAAUGGGAGUGUUACAGCUUGUGACCAGACUGACAGGUAGUGGAGUUUGAUCUGACCUCUGGACAUGCCGUGAGAAUGGAAAGAUUUUAGGAAGUUGACUAAUGGUUUUAGAGGAGGUAGAGAAGAAACGUAGAAAGCUGUUUAAGGAAAAACAUGAGACAUUAAAUGGAUGUGACAAACGAGGGUUUUUGGAGUUCCGUGUUAAGAGAUUGAUGCCGAGAAAGUUCAGGGCCUGGUUUAAACCACCUCUGUUGGAGCCAGUGCCAGGCCUGUGGCCACAGAUAACAUGUUUAGGAAUAGCAGCGAAUGACAAUGGCUAUAUUGUUCCUGUUCCUCUGGUAUUCAUUCAACAUGGCUACGUCUGUCCUAAUCUGCUGUAGGGCUGGUAAGAUAAAUGCUUUAAAUCAGCUUUCCAUUGCACCAGCGUGGGAACUCUGAACCCUGAAGCAAAGCUGCAUGUGACAUGCUCUGCAUGGAUGUGCUAACAGACCAAAGAAACUAGUCCGUAAUCGUAGAGGUGAAGUCACAUGACCAUGUGUUCAUCAGUCUCCUAGACUAGGAGAGAGAGGCUAGAACUUGUUGCUCUGGGAAGUUCUCACAUUUUGCCUCCCUUUCUGUCUCUCUCAGUACUGUAUGUACAUCUCUACCAGGGUUGUAUUUAUCUUCUGGCAGUCAUGGGGGGGGGGGUUGUCAUGUGAACUGAGACUGUCCAUCUAUUGCAAAGUACAAUCAUUUUAAUGGACAGAGCAACAAGUGAGUGCAUUUUGGGCCAUCAACCCUCAGCACCUUAUCAAAACACACUGACCAAAUGCAAGAAUAUGUUGAAUUGGCAUGUUUAAAAGCCUUGUUGUUUAACAGUACUAUAUGAAGUUUUUCUGAUGGUACUGCAUUAUUUGCCAUGUUUAUCUCUAGAAGAGUAGUGGUGUGGUUAUAUAGCCCCACCUUAUGGAUAUAUGCUGUAACUGUCCUCUCGGUCUUCACCUGCAUCAAACUUUAUCUAAAGCCUGUUGGUGAUAUGUGGUGUUGAUUUCUCUUUUUCUGUUCUAUAACUGAAGAUAUUCUAAAAUGUUUAGAUUUAUUUUAGGUUUUGCCUGGUGCAAGCUCUUAGAGGCCUCGUAAAAAUUAAGGGGAAAUGUUAUAGCUAGAGUUUAUAAGGGGUUACACACCCUGAACUUAAUUUGUUUAAUCACUGUGUUAAUGAAGUUAGAUAUGGUCAAAUAAUCUAUCAUAUUUUAGAUCCUAAAGCCAUUAUUUUCUUUGUAAGCCCUGCUAAAUGGUGUUGCAAAGCACAGUGUUACAUUGACAGAUACCACUGGUCCUGUGUUAGCUAGUUAGAGGUCUGCACAUCUCAGCAUCAGGGCUUUGAACCAGACCAGUUCAUAUCUAUCUUCAGCGCUCCUAUCGGACCAGUUUACUGUCUACUGAAGCUUCUGGGCACUUUACCUUUUAAUUCAGGGAUUUUUCUUUUCUCCAUUUACCAGAUGCCGAUCUUCCACUAUUCUAAUUCUAGACAAUGUUUCAUAAUUAGGCCUUUCUUAUUGAAAUACAAGUGGCUUUUAUGAAAGAUGUUAGGUGUUUCUAAAACUUAAUAUUUAUACAAGCUCCUGUAUAUUUGUUAGACUGUGAAAGUUGGUUUAUCUUCAAUUUGUAUCAUGUUAUGGGCGGUGCUGUCUGGUUGGCUUUUACGUCUGUAGGAAUAUGACUGCUAAGGUAACCCAUAUAAAUAUACUGUAAUGCAUGCAUUAUCUACUCUAAUGCAUAUAGGCCUACUAUGUGGCUUCCAUGGAACCGUAGGCCAGUACUGUUGAACUUGGAAAUGUAUGAACAAUUUAUAUAGAUAUUCGUAAACUAGAUAGAUGCAUAACUCUAUUUGCCAAAGAUUACGCCCCCCUCUGUCUCUUAAGCUAUGCUCUUGUAAUGUUCUAUGCUGCAGUGCUAUAUGCAGACACUAAGAUCUAUACCUGGAAUGAUUCUGCUGACAGUGUUAGUUAUGGUUCAGUACCAGGAUGUGGAUGAACACAGCAGCUGUGGGCACAGCUUGGAGGAGACAGGAUGCAACUAACAUGUUAUAAUGAAAAAUACUUUUCUAUAUUCUAUUUAUAUUAUUGAUGAUGCAGGUUUAUUUUUGUAGGUAACUGUUAAUUUUUGGAUUGUUACCAAAUGUGGCCUUUACUUCUCUAAAGGACUGAAUUCAUCUAUUAAAGUUUAAAUUGUAAAAAAAAAAAAAGAGUAUUGGUGAAUCCACUGGUCUGGCCACUGAAUC